UGAUAUUCAUAAAAAGUGCUGACGACAGCGUAAACGUAUCCACAUGCAAUGGGACCUGCCUUCGACAUCCUCGUGGGUUUAGACGACAAAAUAACCGCAACGUGUCACACCUCCACAAUCCCCAUCAUGCCGAUACGCGUCCAUUUCAGGUCGAACUACCUCGUACCUCACUCGAUGCAUAUCCUACUACAAUGAUGUUCUUAACAGAGUCUCCGUUUUGAAUUUAGGGUUUCAAUUCCCACAACAUGAAGAUAUCGUUUUUCGCGCUUUAAUCGAUACCCGAAGCUGUGUUUGAUGUUUAGGAAGAUGUUAUCAGAAGGUAUGAGUAGUUAUAUGAACGAGAGUACACAUAAAGAUCCCCACACGCUAGCUGUCAUUAUUGCAGCAUGUUUUGUCCUAAUAGCAUUGCUUCUAUCAAGUGUUCUAAUUGUUCAGCAUCUCAAAUGGUAUACCAAUCCUGAGGAGCAAAAAUGGAUUGUGGCAGUUCUCUUUAUGGUUCCUGUCUAUGCCACUGACUCGAUUCUGUCAUUGUGGAAACCCAAGUUUGCUCUUGCUUGUGACAUCUUAAGAAGUUGCUAUGAAGCAUUUGCUCUUUAUUCAUUUGGAAGUUACUUGAUUGCCUGUCUUGGUGGUGAAAGAAGAGUGAUUCAAUUACUUGAAAAUGAGAAAGAAAAGCUUCUGAGGAAGCCAUUGUUAGAUGGGAAAGACGUGAGACUGGAUUUAAAUAGAACAGCAUUAUGCAAAUUCUUCAGACAACCACGUGUCCUUGGGGAAGAAUUGUUACAAAUUGAGAAAUUUGGACUAGUUCAAUACAUGAUAUUGAAGACCUUAUGUUCAUUUUUGGCAAUGAUACUAGCACUUGUUGGUGUAUAUGGUGAUGGUGAGUUCAAGUUGUACUAUGGGUACCCGUAUAUUGCGUUUGUUAUAAACUUUAGCCAAAUGUGGGCGUUAUACUGUCUCGUGAAAUUCUACCAUGUGACUCAUGAAAGACUUAAACCAAUAAGACCCCUUGCAAAGUUCAUCAGUUUUAAAGCCAUUGUAUUUGCAACUUGGUGGCAAGGUGUCGGGAUUGCCUUGUUAUGUUACCUUGAAAUUCUUCCUAAUGGCGGAAGAUUUCAAACCGAAUUGCAGGACUUUUUGAUUUGUAUUGAAAUGGCCAUUGCAUCCGUGGCUCAUACUUUUGUAUUCUCAGCAAAACAAUAUCAUUAUAUGUCAGUACACGAGUACGGGAAACUUUCCCUCCAAAAAACAAAAGAAGUUGUGGAAGUAGAUGAGGAAAACCCAAAACCUACGCGUAUUGAGAAGAUGGAGACACAGGUUGAGGCUGCUGGGACCAGUGUCAAAGAAAGUGUUCAGGACAUAGUUGUUGAAGGUGGUCAACAUGUUGUAGAGGAUGUUAGACUGACUAUAAAUCAAGCAAUUCAACCUGUCGGGAAAGGCAUGACAAAGAUCCAAGAGACAAUCCAUCAUUUGUCAGUUGGUGAUGAAAAACAGAAACAAGAAGUUGAAGUUGAUGAAUACGAAAAAGAUGUUAUAGAAGUGGGGCCCGAUGACAAGAAGCUUGAAGUACGGGUCGAAAAAGACAAAGAAGAAUUUGGGAGAACUCAUUUGACCCGGGAAAAUUCAGAAGUUACAAUCGAAGAGCACAAGCAUGCUGUAUCAAAUUCUAAAAGAAAGCCAAGUUAUUAAUCAACCUUUGUGGUUGUGGUGUAGUUAUAAGAGAUGGAGUUGCUCCACCUUUUGUUUUAGCCGAGUAAUCUCAACACCUUUAAAUAUUACAAUCCCGAUUGUUUUUCUACAUGUUAGCCUGUAUACAUUUUUACAAUGUCAUCUAUUUUUUUUUACAUGAAGCACACCAUGUUUUAGGUUCAAAUUGAGUUCAAUUCGCGAGUAAAACUCUCAUCAACAUGUUUACUCAUACCAUCCACAGCAUCCGAAACACGUUACGAAACCACAAAAUUGGGUCAAAACGAUGGAGCAUUGGUUGUUGAUUCUCGAACAAGCUUGAACGCAGCACAUGCAACAGCAUUUGCCAAACACAUUUGCACAGCAGUUUCCGGCGGCUGCCGCCAGCAUCUCCGUUUGGGUGGGCAACUUUGGAUCGGCGUCCUUUUUCCCGAAUUUUUUUGCAGGGGGUCCUGUUUUUAACAUGAUCAUACGAGUGUAUUCUGACACAAUACCAGUCUCCACGCUCAUUUUACUGACCUUCACCUCCAGCUCUGUAUCGUUUGAAAGCCAUGCCUGAGCUGUGUAGAAUUCGAUCUGUUUUUUCGCCAACACCUGGUCGAAGUAAGUGACAUGGUUAGAAAGAGAUCAUGUAACAUGAAUUUGGUAAAAUUGUAAAUAUAGACCUACUUUGUGAA